UUAAACCUGUGCAGUUGAAGAUAACCUCAUUGUCUAGUUCGUUAUGUGUGUAAUUCUUUUAAUUUAUAUUAAUUGAUUUCUUAGGGCAGAAAUGCGCAAGUCCCUUCUGUAAAAAAAACAAUUUUUCAAAAUUUUAAAAAAUGGCUGUAUAUUUCAAGAUUUUACAUCUUGUGUUCACUACUUCACAAUUUCAUUCAUUAAAUCACGAAACACGAUUUCCGGAAAACAUUAGACGGUAGCUCUAAUUAGGGCUUAGUAAAUACCUAAUUAUUUAAUCGAUCGUAUUUCAACCGUUCGUAAACAAGGGCCUUAAGCUGGAUCAUUCGUUCCUCGUUCGUUCUUUUUCCAAUCAAUCCAUCCCUGUUUCAUUUCAAGCUUUGUGUUUAUGAUCGUGAACGGGUUCAGCCGUUUGUUAACGAUUCUGUCGUUAACAAAGGUUGUUGUCUUCCUCCUACUUGUGCGUAGUGAACUGCAAGGAGGGGGGGGGGGAGAGUAAGGAGAAAAUUUGCAGAUAGAGAAUUUUCUCCAAAACUACUCAUCUGAUCUGUUUAUGAUUUUAAGAUGUGAUAGAAAUAAUAUAUUUCAUACAUAUUUGUCAAAAAAUAGAUCACCAAAAAAGUGCUUUAAUAUAUGCAAGAUAUUGCUAUUCACCGUCUCUUUGACCCACCCUGUAUAUAUUUAUAUUUAUAUCUAUAUUGUAUGUAUAUAAUAGCGUGUUUUGUAUGUACAUUAAUAGUAAAGGUAUAGACAGGUAGAGUAAGUAGAAAGUAAUAUCCCUCCCCUCUACUCCCCUCCCUCCCCCUCUGCUCCCCAGUUAGAUAUACUCCUUUCUAAUAAAGAGAACCAAUUCUACAUUUUUUGUCAGUAUUGCGACACGUUGAUUAGAAAAUCGUAAAUACAGUUCUAUACCGUCAGUUUGCAGAGUGAAAGUGGAUUAAGAACAAGAGUUGUUGGAGAUGGAUGUAAAGUAGAUUUAUCUCAUGUACAUUUGAAUCCGAGCUGAACCGACCUUUUCGGUCCCAGUUUGUACUGCUCCACCUGGUACACCAACUACAUACGGCAGGGCUAGCUGGUGGAACUAGGUUGACGUGGUCUGACUUUAGUCUGCAUCUGGUUAAAUUUACAAUUACUAAAGUGGUAAUUUAGCGUGAUUUCCUACAAAAACAAAUCACCCUCAGGAUGCAGUUGUCUGUGACCAGAUACCGAUCAAUGCUGGGUGUUCAGAUUAUCUUCCUCGUCCUAGACCUUCUCAUCAACACCUUCGUAGAGCUCUUCAGAUUCGAGUCCGUCAUCCUUCUUGUCAUAUUCGUAAUCCAAGAUGUCUGCCUAAUAUUUUCUCUCAUUAUUGUUUUUCUCUCAUUCUUCUCAACCUACGUUUUCCAGGCGGGUCUGGUAGGGUAUCUACUAUCGAGGUUUCGUGUUUCUAUCAUUGUAUCAGUUCUCUAUUUAAUACUCUCUAUAACCUACCAUGUGUGGUCUCUAAAUGUACGAUGGAAUGCCCCCAUGUCUUAUUGGUGGACAAGUCCUCUUUUGGCUUUCUAUGUGAUUCAUAGACUUGGAUAUAAAAAGAAGAAGCAGAAUGGGGAUAAGGAGAAGGAGGGGAAGGUUGAAGAAAGAGGGGAAGGAUGA